CCUUUCUUUUCCUUCUCUGGGACCCGAGGCGGAGUAAACAAGCGCCACGAGGAGCCCGGGAAGAUGAGGGCCUCCUGGGUCACGUUCGCCUGCCUUUGGGGGACUCUGUGCUCACGGCCAGGCCAUGGUGAGGCAGAGACAAGGGAAUGCAUCUAUUACAAUGCUAACUGGGAACUGGAAAAGACCAACCAGAGUGGGGUGGAGCGCUGUGAAGGCGAGAAGGACAAGCGCCUCCACUGCUAUGCCUCCUGGAGAAACAACUCUGGCUCCAUUGAACUGGUGAAGAAAGGAUGCUGGCUUGAUGACUUCAACUGUUAUGACAGGCAGGAAUGUGUGGCCACAGAAGAGAGUCCACAAGUGUUCUUCUGCUGCUGUGAGGGGAACUACUGCAAUGAGAAAUUCACUCACUUACCAGAAGUUAGUGGCCCAGAAGUUGUGUAUGAGCCACCCCCACCAACUCCUUCACUGUUGAACAUUCUGGUUUAUUCUCUGCUUCCAAUCAUUGCCCUCUCCAUUGCCAUCCUCUUGGCUUUCUGGAUGUACCGUCACCGCAAGCCGCCGUACGGACAUGUUGACAUUAGUGAGGACCCAGGGCCACCACCUCCGUCUCCUUUGGUUGGACUUAAACCAUUGCAGCUGCUGGAGAUCAAGGCGAGGGGGCGCUUUGGCUGUGUCUGGAAGGCUCAGCUGAUGAAUGACUAUGUAGCAGUGAAAAUCUUCCCCAUUCAGGAUAAGCAAUCCUGGCAGAGUGAAAGGGAGAUUUUCAACACCCCAGGCAUGAAGCAUGAAAACCUCUUGCAGUUUAUUGCAGCAGAAAAGCGAGGAACCAACCUGGAGUCAGAACUGUGGCUGAUCACUGCUUUCCAUGACAAGGGCUCUCUGACCGACUACCUGAAGGGGAACAUUAUUAGUUGGAAUGAACUCUGUCAUGUAGCAGAAACAAUGGCUUGUGGACUCUCCUACCUGCAUGAAGACGUCCCUUGGUGUAAAGGAGAAGGACACAAACCUGCUAUAGCACAUAGGGACUUCAAGAGCAAAAACGUAUUGCUGAAGAGUGACUUGACGGCCGUACUAGCUGACUUUGGAUUGGCUGUACGGUUUGAACCUGGAAAACCUCCAGGAGAUACCCAUGGCCAGGUGGGAACAAGGAGAUACAUGGCUCCUGAGGUCUUAGAGGGAGCAAUAAACUUCCAGAGAGACGCUUUCCUAAGAAUAGACAUGUAUGCAAUGGGGCUAGUCCUGUGGGAGUUGGUCUCCAGAUGCAGAGCAGCUGACGGUCCAGUGGAUGAGUACAUGCUUCCCUUUGAAGAAGAAAUAGGACAGCAUCCAUCCCUUGAGGACCUACAGGAGGUGGUAGUUCACAAGAAGAUGCGCCCUGCGUUCAAGGAUCACUGGCUUAAACAUCCUGGUUUGGCGCAGCUUUGUGUCACGAUUGAGGAAUGCUGGGACCAUGAUGCAGAAGCACGCUUAUCGGCGGGUUGUGUGGAGGAACGUAUUUCUCAGAUACGCAAAUUGGUAAACGGCACUACCUCGGACUGCCUCGUUUCCAUCGUGACCUCUGUCACCAACAUGGACUUGCUGCCCAAAGAAUCAAGUAUCUGAAUCCUGGUUCACUUUUUUUUGUUUUGUUUUAUUUUUUGUGGUCUUUCCAGACUCAGUGGAUUUAUAAAAAAGAAAAGAAAGAAGUCAAACCACAAAAUCCAACACACUGACACAUACACACACACACAUGAAUGCAGCUGCUAUUUCAAUCUUGACUUUUUAAAUUGUUGUUAUUAUUAUUGUUGUUGUUAUUAUUAUUAUUGUUUUGAUCGGAUCAAUUUUACCAGCACAUUGCUCUACUGUAUUAAAAAGAAGAAAAAAAAGAUGAAAAAGAGGACAUCUCAGCAAGCAUUCGGGUGCCGACUAAUGAAUGCAGAUAUGGUGCAGGUACCUCAAAACCUCAAUGGACUCACUUCGUUCUCCUUAUGAUCCUGCUUUCUUGAGUUUUCUCUUUUACCGGUCUGUCUUUUUUUACGCAGAAUAUCAGUGACAUCCAGAAAAACAACGUACUCAUCUGCAAGACAUGCUGCAAACUUUAAGACUGUUACAUAUGAUCACACCUCAAAACGGACUUUCCCCCUAACUUUUCCUUUUCUUAUUUCUUUUCUAUUUUAGACAGUGAGUUUUAAAAAAGAAAGAAAAAGCAGACGUGUCUUUUACGGGUCUAACGGGUGUUGUUAACAUGGGGGGUGGGCAGGGGGAAGGAACUGAGAAGAGAAUGUUAACUCUCUGAUGGUAGGAGUGAAAGUGAAAAGCUUAGUAAUAGGGCUGGGGAGAAAGAGAACGUUGGACUUUGGCAGCAUUUGGAGAAACAUCUGCUACAGAGCUACUUCUCAGGUAAACCGUUAAUGAGAGGAAGGGCAAGUUUUGAGGCAGAGUAUUCAGCUGCUGCAGAACACAGAGAAAGUUGGGUCACAGAGAAUCACUGAUAGAAAUGGGUUUUUAAUCUCUCAGGCUUCAAUAGUGUUAAAAAAAGAAAAGAAAACCUUUUUAUUAUAUUUAUAAGUUCAGAGAGUUAGAUCUUGGGGCUGAGUUACUGCAGAUUUCCUUCGAGGCGUCUAUCAGGGCAGUGUUACAUUCUGAAAUUCAGCGUUUUAAAAAUAUUAGUAAAAUAUGAAGGAAAACAAGCAGGUUAAGCUAACAAUAAAUGGCUAAUAAUAGCAGCAGCUAAAUAUUAACAAUCAGUAUGGAAGGCUAGAUAGUCAAAUCUGGAGCAUGCCUUUUUCCUAAGUGGCGAUGAAAUCAGUAGGACAUGUUUCCAAGUGUGUAUGUUCAAAAUUGGUCAUUUAUCAGCUUCAGAGUUUCUUGAUUUAAUAGUUAAAGCCUAAUACAUCUGCACUUUUAAGGAAGAGUCUUUGGCGCAUGUAUGCAUGACAGAUUUAAACUAGUCUGAAACCUGUUACCUGCACUAGUGUAGAGGACAAGAGAAGGAGUUCCAUUAUUUUUUUAACCGAAGUAUCAAUGCCUUCAAACAGCUACACCUCAGAGUUCUUUGGUGGAAGCUAUAGCACUUAACCCAUUUUGAAGCAGGCUUUGAAACGUAUUAGCAGCGUAGGUGUAUAUAAUUUACGGCCAGUCAUGUUUUCACAGAAUGAUCCUAAGCAGAUUUACGCAUGCUACUUUUAAGUAAGCGCCACUCUUUUUUUGCAGUGGGACUUACUACCAGGUUAGGUGAUGCAUAGGUUGGAUAGUCCUCUUAGUUGUUGAGUUAAUUCUUUAUUCUCUGAACUCUGUCACCCAACUCUUUCGUCCUAACAGUGGUGCAUACUUUAAAUACAGCUAAUUCUAUUAUGCCAUAAACUCGCUCUAGUCAGUGAAUGUUCCUAAUGCUGCUGAUUCAACAUUUAAAUAUUUUUUUAACUUGCAAAACAUGCAAUGAUUUUUUUAAAGAAAAAUGAGAACACACAUACGCAUUACGUGGCUUCCGAGGUUUAAACUAAACAAAAAAAAAGUUUUGAAAAAACUUCAUGACCACAGACCACCUCAAACCAGAAAUACCUCAGAAUUUUCUACUUGUAUGAGUUUUAUUAUAUAUUUUGUUAGUUGUGUUGUCUUGUAGUAUGUAUAUUUUAAUGUAAGUUGGCUUUUAUGACAAGGGAGUUUUACAAAAAGAAAAGAAAAAAAAAUGAAGAAAAAAAAGUUCCAAAAUCUUUUAGGAAGUGCUACAAUUAUUUCACUUGUUUGUUUUUGUUUGUUUUUAUAAAGCACCAUUGUAAAUAAGUAUAAA